CGCCAAAUUUGUAUUUUGGACUCGCCAGGGAGCGGCAAGGACAGAGCUGCGUUCAUAGCUAAAAAAAAAAAUUUAACUGAACUACAACUUGAGCGACCUGGUAAUUGUUGCACAGUGUUGAUGUUUCAGUGUUUUUACAUACACUUUUAAAAUGCAGUGAUCGGUGUGCUUGCACUAGAUCGCACUGCAGCUCUACUGUACUAGACGCGGCGUGCUUUCUAUUCAGUGGUAUUGAGCGUUUCGCGGGUUCGACAGUACCGAAAACAAUAGACCCGUGUUUAUCAGUGAGGGGUCAGUCAAACAGGUGAAGUAAGUACGAUACCAGAACUUGCACUCUGUUCGGUGUUGACGUGAACAGAAUUUAAAAUGUCGGAACUAGCGGGGUACUCGCCCAGCUUCAAGAGGCCGGCGGAGAUCCUGCGACUGAGACGGAAGAGAGCCCGAAGUGAAGCGGGCUUGGGCUCUGGCCGAAGUAACUCUGAAUCGAGCCCCGGAGGAGGGCUGUCUGGGGUCCGGCGCUUCUCCCCGGGACAUCUGCUGGUCUCAGAAUCCCGGGCCGGUGGGGUGAAGCGCAGGAACCCCUUCGCAAACAUCGAGAACACAUACAGCAGCCCCAGAAAGAAGACCACCUCGGAGUGCGUCAGCAAGGCCGUGCCCGGGAGUGGCAGCGUGGAGCCGGAGGGUGAGAACACUAAGUUGCGGAUUUUCAGCGGGAAUCCAAGCCGAACAGAACCGGAGGAGCUGGACCCGUUCACCGCACGCUUACUCGGAGCCGAGGCGCUCAGCAAAGACAUCACAAAAGUCCAGGAAGCCUACUCUCUCCCAGAGGACGAGUCCCUUUUCGAAGAGGAUUUGCUCUCCCACCCGCAAACUGCUACUUCCCUUAUCGCUAGCCCCCGAGUCACGACCCCAGUCCUGCAGGAGCUUCCCUCAGGUUGCACAGAGUUCCCGGCUGACUGGAGUCUGAAGACACGCCUGCUGUUCACCUCUCAGCUGCCCUUCACCUGGGCAGAGCACCUGAAGGCGCAGGAGGAGGCUCAGGGGCUGAGGCAGCACUGCAGGGCUGCCAUCAGCACCCUGCCACACAGCAUACCGGAGCCUCGGAGCAGCUCGGAGCUUCGCUGUGCCUUCCAGCAGAGCUUGGUGUACUGGCAGCACCCCUCCCUGCCCUGGCUGCAGCUCUUCCCUCGCAUCGGCGCGGAGCGCAGGCUGGCUGGGAAGUGCGCCCCCUGGGCUCAGGACGAGGCGCUGCAGCAGCUGCUCAUGAGCGAGUGGUCUGUGAGCUUCACCUCCCUGUACAACCUCCUGCGGACCCGACUCUGCCCCUAUUUCUACCUGUGCACCUACCAGUUCACUGUGCUGUUCAGAGCGGCGGGGCUGGCAGGGAGCGAGGGCAUCACUGCCCUGAUCUCCCCCACAACCCGGGGUCUCCGGGAAGCCAUGAAGAUGGAGGGUAUAGAGUUCACACUACCGCUGCUGGAAGAAAAGAAGCGCAGAAACCCAGAGGGGCCCGAGCCAUCCCCAGAGAGAGAGCAGGACAGCGAGGACGGAGACGGCAAUCCGGCCCAAGCGAACAGUGAUGAUGAUGAUGAUGAGGACGGUGGAUUCUCUUGGCUGGAGGAGAUGGGGGUUCAGGAUAAGAUCAAGAAACCUGACACUAUUUCAAUCAAACUCUGUAAAGAGCACAGCGAGGUUCGUCUGGAUCACAAGCCUGAGUCGGUGGUGCUGGUGAAAGGGACCAACACCUUCACUCUACUCAACUUCCUCAUCAACUGUAAGAGCGUGGUGGCAGCGGCCGGGGCACAGGCAGGGCUGCCCCCCACCCUGCUGGCUCCUGCUGCUUUCAGAGGAGCCACCAUGCAGACCCUCAAGGCGCGCAGUUCUAAUGUGAAGAUGCAGGUGCAGACUGGCUACAGGGACCAGUUCAGUUUGGAGAUCACAGGCCCGGUCAUGCCUCACUCCCUGCACAAUCUGACACUCCUGCUGAAAUCAGCCCAGCAAGGAGCCUUUUCCAUAGGGCUGUACACUUACGAACCUACAGCUGUCUUCAACACUGACCCCCGCACCCAAGGAGAAUGCAUAAAGGAGUCUGUGGUGCAGGAUCUGGUGGGCUGUGGGCUGCACCCUGAAACUCUGCAGCAGCUGGUGGAGCCGGCCACGCUGGGGAAGUCUGCCCUGAGACAACUUGACAUGAACGAGUACAAGUACACCUGGAAAUCCUGAGAGACACACACAACUCUCAUGCUGAAUACACACUGCCACACAGUGCUCACCCAGAAAAAGCUCCUGCUAGACACACAGGUGGCUUUCCCUUCCCAGCACUGCCUGAUAAUGUUACAGACUGCCUGCCACACCUGUGGAAAGAGCUUCUUAUAGCCAGCAUUCCCAAUGGAAUGGUAAAUCCAGCUGCCAAACAGACCAAUUAAAGCACAGGUUUACUGCUUAGCUGCUGUUCUCCCAGGUAGAUUUACUGCAAGCUAUAUUGUAGAUGUAUUGACUGUGAGUGUUUCCAUAGACAGGCUAACUGCUUACAAGUUUUAAAUUGGACCUACCAGACAGAACUACAUACUGCUGUAUACUGUAGCAUUCUCUCUGACUGGGCUGCUGCCUGCUGGUGGUAUGUCUUACUGGAGACCUGCCCAGAAAACCUGCUCUUCAAAGCACACCAUCAUUUUCUACAUCCUCUGCACACUGGGAUUGGAACCUCCCUCCUGGAAGACCAGGGCACAUGUGAAUAGAGCAGAUGGUUAAUGUGAAUUGGAAUUGAAGAACAUGCCGGUCUUGCUAUGAAGUUGGAAGAUCUUUGUUCUCUAAUGCAAUUUUUUAACUUUGUUUUUAUGAAAUUUGUAUUUGAUUUGACAUGCCUUGUUCA